UUUUGUUUUCAUUUUUUUGUUUUCAUUUUUUUAAUAACAAUGAUACCUGAUUUACCAACCGAGAUUCUUGCCUAUGUUGCGAAAUACCUAUUACCAAGAGACAAGCUAACUUGUACACAUGUUUGUAAAGCAUGGAGUAAGCCUUUCCAAGCGUCUUUGUGGUCCGUCCUCAGAAUGGAAGAUCUUGACACACUCAACACCACAUAUGAUCUUCCUAUCGAAGAGAAUGUCUACAUAAAAAACGGAGAUCUUGUGCGUGAAUUAGACUUGGCAACUAAAACUGACAUGGAUGAUGAACAACUCUUGAUACUUCAAGAAUACUUUCCGUAUUUACGGGACUUGAAGAUUACGACAUCGUACAAAAACAUAUUCGAAUACAGAAGAUCUGUCGACUGGAGUCUUUGGCAAUCCCUAGAUGCCCUAAAGUUAAAUAUUAGUAUACCUGAUUUCUUUGAGGGCAACAGAGAAUUUCUCUAUAUUCUGUCGUGUCUACCUUGUCUACGACAGUUGGAUAUUUCUCUCAAUGAUCAACAAGGUGUGAUGAUUCUCGAACUAAACGAUAUCGAAACCCUCCACAGAAAUUUACCGCGACUCGAGGUUUUAUCAAUGAAAGUAAUUCUCAAUCAUCUCGCCAGUUAUGAUUUGAUGGUAAUCGAAACAUGUGAGCCAGCAAUUGAUUUGAAAAGCAUUUCUGUGACCCUUCAUGGAAUAGACUAUCGGUGGCUUUGUUACUUUUCUCGGAAAUAUCCAAAUCUACAGACAAUUGAACUAAAGACAGCUCGCCAUGUUACCGAGAUUGGGGUACACGAAGAGCAAUAUUUACGAGAACUAAAGCGUAGAUUUAUCUCAUGCUAUAAUGUAUUUGAGAGGCUGGAAAACAUUCAAAUCGAUACCAAAGAUCUGGGCGAGUUACAUAAAAUAUUUUGGACACUAUUUGGACCUUCUGAUAUUCCGUCCCGCUCUAUAAAAGUUGGAUUCAACAGCAAGUAUUCAAGCCUGGAUGUAUUUGACGAAACGAUGAAGAUGAUCUCGACAAAUUAUUCUGCCACGGUCGAAAGUUUAUCUAUUGCCGGGAAAUUCGGUUCCAGUGAUCAGCCGCCAGUUUUACUAGGAUUGGACGAGUACGCACGGCUCACACAGCUAGAUUUGAAAUGUAGUACUGCAAAAUUUGAACUGGAUUUAAUUUUGGAUUGCUGCAUUUUCUUGGAAAAACUGAGAAUUACCGAAAGCGGUGUUACGUUCAGUGAGAAGGCUUCUAUACAUCCACCAGCACACGGAUUGAGGCUGAUAGAAUUCAACAGACUUACACUCUCAACAACUGUGCUAAGAUAUAUUUCUCGUCGAUGUACCGCUCUAAGGCUAAUGCGCAUUGUAUGGACAGUUAUAUAUCAAGAAGCGCCCGCAGUUCCAUAUCAUAUGCCCAUCGAUAUGUCCCACACUCAUUUUGAGGAGCUUCGUCUACAUUGUGUCAAAUUUAUUACUAUGCACCCAAGUACUCUCAGUUUACCGAUUCGUCUGAUAUCUAUCUCCCCAGAAAGGUUUAGAGGUCCUACCAGCCUUACAGAUGAAGGAGUUAUAGACUUUGAUCAUUAUGAUGGUAAUAACGAUCUUCAGCCUACUGCGAUUGAGGAUGAGGAUUAUGCAAACUUGUCUAGAACAGUGUGGUAUCAUAUGUAUUGGGAUAUUGGGCUUUUGGAUGGUAAAUAUCACACGGCCUCUAUCUUACGUGACCGACAAGUAGCGCAAGUACUUUAUUAUCUGUCCUCUAUAUGCUUGGAAGAUAGAUACAGUAGUAUUAUCAAUUCAAAGUUAAGCCCGUCGUCUUCUUUGCGGUCCAAUUCCUUGGAGGCCCAUACUCCCCUAGGCUAUGUCGAUUUUCGGUGUGGAAGUAUUGGUAAAGUUUAUGUGGAUACUAAUAGUGCUCCAGAAGAUGAUUAUUGGCAAACACUACGUUAAUGUAAAAUAAUAAUAAAAAACGAAUAUUAUAGAGU